GGAGAGAGAAAGCGAUAUUUAAGUAUCUGAAUGUAAGAGAAAGAGAAAGAGAAAGAGAAAGAGAAAGAGAAAGAGAGUGUGCAACAUCGUACCCAUAAAUAUACACAUCAUUCCAAUUUUGAGCUGGAAAGCUUCCCCCUUUCUCCUCUCCUCGCAAUCGCAACAAAAAUAUCAACAACCACCGUCACCGCCACCACCACCACCACCGUCACCACCGUCGAACGCAACACGAUAACCUAAAACCUUUUAUUUUUUUCUCAAUUUCCCCGUUUUGCCCUUCGCUUUGUAUCGUAUUUAUUCUCCCUGCCCUUCCUCCAUGGCUGCUUCGUUUCUUCUUCUUUUUUCUCUCCUUUGCGUGGUUAUGCUUCAAUUCGCGUCUGCGUUUUCUUCUUCUUCCUCCUCUUUGUGCCUUCCGGAGCCGCUUUCGUUUCGCUUCAAUCUCCAAUCGCAGUGCCCAAUCUCGAUCCCGUCGAAUCCGCCUCUUCAGGUGGAUGGAAAAUUUGUAGAAGGAAUUCUGUCUGGCAGAAACAAGAUAGAGUAUAUUUCUAUACUCUUCUAUGCUUCUUGGUGCCCAUUUUCUCGCGAAAUGCUUCCUCAAUUUGAAAUUCUCAGUUCCAUGUUUCCUCAAGUAGAACAUUUUGUUCUUGAGCAAUCAUCAGCUUUGCCCAGCUUGUUUUCAAAAUAUGGAAUCCAUAGCUUGCCUGCAAUAUUACUAGUAAACCAGACAUCAAGGUUGAGAUAUCAUGGUCCAAACAAUCUUCUCUCUCUUUCAGAAUUUUAUGAGAGGAACACAAGAUUUGAAGCAAUUAGUGAUAUUGUUGGUCAACCAAGCAACAUAAUGAGUGAUGAGAAUUCAACUACAAACCUGUUUGGUCUGUCUCUGAAAGAAACAUGGAGCAGGGAACCCUACUUGUUAUUCUCUGUAUUGUUUCUCUGCUUGAGGUUACUUCUUUUUGUAUUCCCGAAGAUCAUAUCGCGUCUUCGAGCAUUCUGGGCUUCCAGCAUUCCUCAUCUGAACAUACAAAUAUUUGGUGAGACGAGCCAAGUGAUGGGACGUGUGCUUCAGGUGAUCGAUGUCAGAAGGGUUUGGACUAAGCUAAGACUCUGCAAGACGAGGUAUUUUCAUGAAAGGGCAAGGAGUGCCGGCGUUUGGGCUUCAUCUCUGGCUUCAGUUUCUUUGGGUGAGUCAUCAUCAGCUAGGUCAUCAGCCCAAGGUUUGAACUAACAACCUUAUUUUGAGGGUAGUUAAGAGUUUACUUCAUCAGAUAAUAUUAUAUCCUCAGGCUUGCAAGCAGUGAAGCUUGGCAGCACAUAGUCUUCUUCUCUCUUGCUAAUUUUGUUGUUAGUCAGUCCUAAUAGCCAAAUGUUAAAUUAUGUUUUAAUCUGGGUUUUGGGAGGAAGCGAACAGGCUUGUAAAUUUGAGAAGUGUUUCCUUUCGUGUAAAUUAGUUGUUUCUGAAUGAAAUCAUACACACGUUACUGUGAUGUGAUAUUAGAUCCUUCUCAACUACCCCUCCCCAACACCCCAAUUAGCUCCACUAAAAGCAAUUUGAAGCACAAUCAACUUCAUUAUUUUCAUUCUGGAAGAAAGAAAAAA